ACACAGACACGGAAGAGAAGUGAGAGAAAGAAAAGAGGCUUGAAAGUAGCAGCAGCGGCGGCGGCGGCGGCGGGGACGGACUGCGACUCUCACACUUUUAACUUUUGCUCGUCAGAAAGGGGGCACGGAAACAAAGCAGAAGAUCCCAAACAAAACAAUAUUUAUUUAAGAAAAAGAAAAAAAAAAAAAAAAAAAAGUAACCAAGCAAACAAGACGGAAAGUAUCAGCGCCGGCCUCAAGAUGCCUCGGGUAGUCCCGGACCAGAGGAGCAAGUUUGAAAAUGAGGAGUUUUUCCGCAAGUUGAGCAGGGAGUGUGAGAUUAAGUACACCGGCUUCAGAGACCGGCCACAUGAGGAGAGACAAGCCCGCUUCCAGAACGCCUGCAGGGACGGACGCUCAGAAGUGGCCUUUGUGGCCACAGGAACCAACCUCUCGCUCCAGUUCUUCCCAGCCAACCUGCACGGCGAGCAGCGGCAGGCUCCCACCAGGGAGUACGUCGACUUCGAGAGAGAGACGGGGAAGGUCUGGUUAAAGGCUCCCAUGAUCCUGAACGGGGUGUGUGUGAUCUGGAGAGGCUGGAUCGACCUGCAGAGGCUCGACGGGAUGGGCUACCUGGAGUACGAUGAAGAGAGAGCGCAGCAUGAGGAUGCCCUGGCCCAGACGGCGUUCGAAGAGGCUCGACGCAGAACCAGAGACUUUGAGGAGCGAGACCGGUCACACAGAGAGGAUCUGGAGUCCAGACGACAGCAGGACCCCAGCCCUGGCUCAAACAUGGCCAACGCUGACGUGGAGCACAAGAUGCGCUGAGGAGGAGGAGGAGGAGGAGGAGGAGGAGGAGGAGGAGGAGGAGGAGGAGGAAGAGGCGGCCGGGGCUGGAGCUGAUUCACUUUCAAUGCAAUCACCUGAAAAAAAAAAAAAAAGAAAAAACUCUCAACCGAUACUGCAUCAGCAGAGCAUUUGUUCACCGUUAUUUCUUAACAAUGACAAUCCUUGCAUACCAAACUUUUUUUUUUUCUUUUUUUCAAUAUUUGAGAAGAGAAGAAAAUCAACUUCCUGAAUUGAUUGAAUUGAAAGUGAACCCAAAGUCCUAGAGGAGAAGGAGGAGGAGGAGGAGGAGGAAGGAAACAGCAGACCUGGGCAAAAAAGUAGUGACAACAUUUAAAUACUGAGAAAAAGGGCUAAGGAAUAUUAAGAACAUUUUAAAUGAGCAGGGUGUGAUUUAGCAUUAUUUUUGCAAUUGUGACAAGCUAUUUAAAUGUCCAAUAAGGCUAAUCACGUCAGCAAUACAUAAUCAGUUUCUCAAAUCGAUAAAGUGCAAGUGAAGUAGCUAAAAAAAAAAAUAAAAUAAAAUAAAAUACAGGUUUAUUUUCUUGCCCAGGCCUGAAAGGAUCCGAUAGAUAAAGGAUUGAUUCAAGAACCAAAAGUGUAUUUUCUAUUAACAAAAGAUGUUGAAAGUGGAGGGAGAAGGGGAGGAAGAGGAGGGUGAAGAGGUGGAGGCUCAUGGGUUGGAGGUGGUGAACAGACUGAAGGGACGGAGACGCAGAGAGAUUAGACGAUGCGGUUCAGGUCAGUGUUUGGGCUCGCCGAGCGGGAUGAGCAGGGGCGCGAGCGUCAAAAGUGAAGCGUUGACAAGUUUUUUUGACAAACGGUCCCACAUUGUGCAAUGUUUGCGCAACGCUUUACCUUUGUGAACGUGCCCCUGUUAAACCCCUGCUAUAGCUGUGCUGCAUUCAAGACAGCCGGGAACUGGGAAACCUCCAAUGCAAAGAAAUCUCCAUCUCAACAAGUCAUGCCGUAUCAUAGUCAGACUCAUAAUCGUGUUUUUCUUGAAACGAGUGGAAAAAAUCAGCCCGUAGGACGAAAUAAUCCCACUUUUUUGCAGUGCAGUUUCUCUUGUUUUGACAUUUUAUUCUGGAAACAAGAAUAAAUCUGUUGAAUCAAGGCAGAAAAAGGCAGAUCAGCGGCAGCCCACCCGGGUCAAGAAAGUGACGCUUGAUUCCAGAAAAUUCUAUAAAAAAAAGUGGGAUUAUCUUGUCCCACUGGCUGAUUUUUUUCUCUAAUUUUAAGGAAAGCAAGAUGUUAAAUUGAAUACUUUUAUGACGUCAGAAAAGAGCUACAUCUUAGAUACUGCAAAUCAAAGAAUUUUGAGAUUUUUCCAACUCGGAACUCUGAAACGUCCCAGCUCCUGUUGGUCAUGAACGCAGCGCUGCAGCACGCUCCCUGAAACCUGCUGUUUUCUGAGACCAAAGUUCACUUCGCUGGAAGGGGAGGGAGGGAUGAGGGAAGGGGGGAUAAGAGAGGGGGAAGCAGUGUGGAGGCCGGGUGGGCGCAGAGCCACCACACAGAGUUGUGCAGUUUUCAAAACGACAGGUUUCUGUAGUACGGCGGCCGUGUGGUCGCCCCGUCUGUAGAGUCACAAAGUGUUUAAUGCUGUAAUAGAUUUCCUCAACAGUCUGAACUCCGCUCUGCUGCACAGUCACAGGUCACACAGCGACAACCUUCAGGCACCGAACUCUGUUAGCUUUGGCUCUGAAGACUAUAGGAGGAAAAAAUAAGGUUUUUUGUUUUUUUGUUUGUUUUUUUUAGGGUUGGGGGCAGAGGGGGGGUUGUGGGUAUAAAAAGGAUCGAUCCAAAUGUCCUUUGUCUUCCGAGGGGGUUUUGCACUAUGUGAUCCAGUCAAGUCGUGUUGCCCACACAGCUUUUUCCCCUUCAUGCAUGAAACCAAACGCAGGCCUGUAGCUUUGUUGUUUUGUUGCCCUCCACCCUCACCCCCUGCAGCUCCUAUUUAUCGCCGUAGCUCUCUCUUUGCUUUCAGACAGAAGGAAUUACUGCGGUGAUUCAAGACCUCAACUCGAUCACAGCUGAUCAUCUGGCACAACUGCACACCAAAAAAUAACGGGGGAAAAAAAAUAGAUGAUUCCAUCCACACUUGUAGGAAAAAAAGAGCCUCCAGCAGGGUUACACUGAAUCCAGCUGAAACAGAAACUCUACAGUAAAACAACCAAUCACAUGACCACCUACAUGCUGCCAAAAUUUCCUGAUUUUUUAUUGGCUUCUUGCAGACUUUUUUUUUUCUUUUUUAAUUCUAUUUAAACUGGCUUUAUUAAGCUACACCUUAGUAUAACCCUGAUGAGGCACUGAAACCUGUUGAUUUUUAAUAAAUAAUUUUACUUCUUCCUUUUUUUCCCAGUGUGGCUGGAAUCGUCUUGAUUUGAGACAAUCUCGACAAAUGUCAAGGACAAACUUUAGGUGUAGGACCGUAGUUUGUGACCAUAAAAAAAAAUUUAAUUUAAUGCCUGGUGACCCAACUUGAUGUCCUGGUGUACCCGGGCUCAUUACAGCAGACUAAUUUUCAACAGAUAACCACAUCACACAAUUUUUCCACACAAUUUAAGAUGCACAUCUGUUUUUUUCCUUCAGUGAGAUUAAAAAACGCAGCAACACACCAAAUAAAUUAUUGCGGACAUGCAGUAUCGCUAACACGUAUGCCAUUUUUACUUCACGAGAGCAAUUUUUCCCUCACUUCAGGACAAAUUAUAUCUGUCAUUUACCCAGAUAUUCCUCAACAUUUUAGCACUGUAAAAACCUGAAUGCAGUCUAAACAUUAUUCCCUAUCCUGUUACAGCACUAUCGUAAUGAAACGGUAUGUUUUGUUAUCUUUAUAAAUUUUGCUUGUGUGAAAGUCAUGAUGUUUACUUUUUAUAUUACUUAUCACGUCUCUCUAUAUGUAUUCAUGUUUGUUCAUCCUUAGGCUUUUGUUAUGCUAGUAGUUGCAGCAGUAGUUUUAUGUAAAGUUGAGUUAUGAAUGACAAAAUGUCUCCAGAAAUGGGAUUUUGAGGACUUUUGUUGCUCUUUUUUUUUUUUUUUUUUUUGUUGUUGUUCUUUUAUGUUGUUUUUAAUGUUAUUUCAGUUCUAUUAAUUUCCUGUAUUAUCCCCUGCAGGAGUUUCAUUACAAAGUUCUCUAUUUUUUAUUUUUAUAAAUCCACUUCCAAAGUUGAAAACAUUGAAUGUGGAUUGACUCAAGCCCUGUUAUUACAUUCAUGUUUUUAUACUGUGCAACAAGAAUCGCAUUUAAUAUUUUAAAUUCAGUCCAUUCAACGGUUUUAUUAUUAUUAUUGUUGUUAUUAUCAUGAACAAGAACAGCAUUUUGGAGGCUUCUUGCUUUUCUUUCUGAGUUUUUUUUUUUUUAAUGAGGUAUACAUUAUUGUAUCAGCUUUUCAAAAACUAAGAAAAAAUUGAAUUUUUUUUUUUUUUUUUUUUUUUUUUUUUUUACAUUUUUUCUAUCGACACCAUGCGUUUCACAAUGCAUUAUCUGUGGUUUGGCUUGGUCCAGAGUUGAGAAAAAAUUGUGUUUGUUUGCUAACAGUGUUAGCUGUAAAUUACAAUAAAAAAAAUGGAAAAAUUAAAACCGAUGGACAAAGUGAACUCGAUCAAAUCCUUUUCUAAGUGCCCUGAUCAUGGAAAAAAAAGACUUUUUAAUGUCUGUUUCAGCUGUUAAGGGCACUGAAUGCAUCACAAACCAAAACUCACAGCAAAAUGAGACAAAAAAAGGGUUUUUAUCGAGCUGUUAGAAGUUUCAUAGGAGGACUUAAUCAGGGCAAAACAAGACGAGAGCGUUAACUUUAUCAUUGUCAGCCCUAAUUAGCUCGUCCUGCAGAUAUUUUGGAGCUCUGGGAGGAAAACUCAGUGAUCCUCAUUGUUCUCGAAGCAAACCGGUGAUUCAGAGGCAGCUGCCAGGCGUCUUUGCUGAUUGCGACAGCUAACGUCUCGUCCGAGGGCCUCCUGGUUCUUUAAGUGAUUAGUUUUGGACUCAACAUGAUGGUUGGGCGGACCUGGGACUUGGGAAGUUGACAGUGAAGUUAGUGACAAACUCCCAUAUGUUGGUGCAAGCUAGAGGAUGUGUUGUCAGUCUUGUUGGUUCAUGCAGGUGUUGAGGUUGGAGGGGUUUUGGAUGUGAGGUGAAGCAGAGGAUGAAGGGGACAGUCAGAGGUGCUGGGGUUCGGGUUGGUUUUCUCCACGGAUGCUGAGACGUUUUUGGAAAAUCUUUUGCAAGUUAGGGAGCCAGGUGUCCCAGAAUAAUCAGAAAAGUUGAACGCACCUGUGGUUUGCCUCAUGAAACGGUCAAAUCUGCACAGACAUCACAACUUUUGUUCAUAAAACUC